UCGCGGGGGCGGGGCGGAGAAAGCAGGCGGGUUCGGGUGUGCCCCGGCUCCUAGCGCCGCUGCCGCUGCCGCCCGCCACCCCACAGCCACCAUGGGGAACGCGCUGGCCGCCGGCUCCCCACCGCCCCCUGGCCCUGGGCUGCUGCCAGCACCCCCAGGGCUGCCACUGCCCCCCAGCAGUGCCCCCCAGCGCCCCACAGCUCUGCCCCAUGGCACCGCCGCCACACCCCCCAGCACCGCCACGGAGCCGCUCCCCAACCCUGGCACCUUUGAGGAGUGCCACCGCCGCUGCAAAGAGUUGUUCCCGGUGCAGAUGGAGGGCGUGAAGCUGACGGUCAACAAGGGGCUCAGCAACCACUUCCAGGUGAACCACACUGUGGCGCUCAGCACCGUUGGCGACUCCAACUACCACUUUGGGGCCACCUACGUGGGCACCAAGCAACUCAGCCCCACUGAGGCCUUCCCGGUGCUGGUCGGUGACAUGGACAACAGCGGCAGCCUCAACGCCCAGGUCAUCCACCAGCUCACGGGGCGCCUCCGCUCCAAGGUGGCUUUCCAGACGCAGCAGGCCAAAUUCGUGAACUGGCAGGUGGACGGCGAGUACCGGGGCGAUGACUUCACGGCCGCUGUGACGCUGGGCAACCCCGACGUGCUGGUGGGCUCAGGCAUCCUGGUGGCCCACUACCUGCAGAGCGUGACGCCGGCCCUGGCGCUGGGCGGCGAGCUGGUCUACCACCGCCGGCCGGGGGAGGAGGGCACCGUCGUCUCCUUGGCCGGGAGAUACACAGCGCCCAACUGGAUCGGGACCCUGACGGUGGGGCAGGCGGGAGCCCACGCUACCUACUACCACAAGGCCAACGAGCAGCUCCAGGUGGGCGUCGAGUUUGAGGCCAGCACCCGCAUGCAGGACACCAGCGUCUCCUUUGGCUACCAGCUUGACCUGCCUAAGGCCAACUUGCUCUUCAGAGGCUCGGUGGACAGUAACUGGGUCGUGGGCGCCGUGCUGGAGAAGAAGCUGCUGCCACUGCCACUGACGUUGGCCAUGGGCGCCUUCCUCAACCACCGCAAGAACAAGUUCCAGUGCGGCUUUGGCCUCACCAUCGGCUAGAGCUGCCUCCUCCUCCUCCUUGUUCUCUUCCUCCUGCUGCUGCUCCUGCUGCUGCUGCUCCUGGCCUGGCCCCAGCAUCAGAGCCGUCUGCUCCCGCCGGCCCCGGGGGCGCCUGGCCGCAGCGCGUGGGGCGGGAGGCGCUGCCGGAGGGGCCGGACCCCCGCUCCCGCCCCGCGGGGGGCAGCCGCAGCCCCGUGCUGCCCCCCGCAUCCUGCCGAAUAAACAGCCGGCAGCGGG